UUUAGGUCGAGCUGGCUUUCUCGUCAUCCUUUAUUAUAAUUAUCCACAAUGCCCCGUUUAAAGAUCAAGCAGCUUCUGAAGAAGCUUGAAGUCGCGAAUGAGCCCGGGCUGAGCAAUGGCCAGUUGAUGUUAACGAAUGACGACUUGCGGCCAGUCAACCCCGAACAACGUCAAUGGAAAUGGCUCAACUUUGUGGCUUUCUGGGUGGCAGAUUCGUUGAAUAUUAACACAUGGAUGAUCUCCUCGUCAAUGAUUCAAGAUGGCUUGUCCUGGUGGCAGUCGUGGAUCUGCGUCUGGGUUGGAUACUUCAUUGCAGCCUGCUUCGUCUACCUUACAGGUCGUAUUGGAGCUGUGUACCAUAUCUCGUUUCCCGUCACGGCUCGAGCGUCCUUCGGAAUCUGGGGUUCAUUCUGGCCAGUGCUUAACAGAGUGGUUAUGGCUGUGAUUUGGUUUGGUGUGCAAUCAUAUAUCGGAGGCGAAUGCGUGACAUUGAUGAUUCGAUCCAUUUGGCCUAGCUAUGGGAAUUUACGCAACACCCUUCCAUCGAGUGCCGGCGUCGACACGAUGAAUUUUGUCAGCUUCUUCCUCUUCUGGCUCUGCUCACUCCCCGCCCUCUGGUUCCCGAUUCACAAGAUUCGCCAUCUGUUCACCGUCAAAGCGUACUAUUCGCCUGCUGCAGCCCUCGCCUUCUUUGCCUGGGCUAUUGCCCGUGCCAAGGGUCUGGGGCCUAUCGUGCAUCAGCCAAAUACCGUUUACGGGAGUACGCUAGCCUGGGCAGUUGUGAAAGCAUUGAUGAGCUGCUUGGGGAACUUUGCGGCCUUGAUCAUGAACAACCCUGACUUCUCGAGAUUUGCACGGAAACCUAAGGAUGCUCUGUGGUCGCAGUUGCUCACCAUUCCCUUGGGUUUCGCUAUCACCUCGUUUAUUGGAAUUAUAGUUUCGUCGUCUGCUUCGGUCAUUUUUGGUCAGUCAAUUUGGAAUCCGCUCGACCUGUUGGGUAUGUUCUUGGAUGGGGCUAGCUCUGCGGAGCGAUUCGGGAUCUUUGUUAUCUCAACUGGGUUUGCCCUGGCUCAGUUGGGAACCAACAUUGCUGCAAACUCAGUGUCCGCUGGUACGGAUAUGACUGCUUUGCUUCCACGAUAUCUCACGAUCAGACGUGGUGCAUAUGUCUGCGCAGCAGUUGGUCUGGCAAUGUGUCCAUGGAACCUCGUUUCCUCAUCAAACCAAUUUACUACAUACCUCUCCGCCUAUUCUAUCUUUCUUUCCUCCAUUGCAGGCGUAAUGCUCUGCGACUACUACAUCAUCCGCCGCGGCUACUUCAACAUCCACGACCUCUACUCUGCCGAGAGAACAGGAAUUUAUUACCACUACUUCGGAUUCUCUUGGCAUGCCUACGCCUCCUACAUUGCUGGAAUUCUCAUCAACAUCGUCGGUUUCGCGGGAGAAGUUGGACGCGAUGUACCCAUUGGCGCACAAUAUAUAUACAACAUCAAUUAUUUCUCGGGGUUCCUUGUUUCGGGUGCUGUAUACUUCAUCUUGGCGAAUAUUGUCCCUAUUCCAGGGAAGAGUGAAAAGUGGUGUGAGGUGGAUAUUGACGAGGAAGUUACUUGGGGACGGGAUGUGGGUGAUGAUAUAGAGGGGAGGACUUCGUUGGAGUCUGGACGGAAGAGUCCUAAGAUUAACUCUAAAGCAUUACCAUAGACUGGUGUUGCAUUGUAUAUUAAAUGGUUUUAAUGAUUGAUGACUUCGACCUGUUUUUGUCAGUAUUGCCGGA